AGCCGGGCUCCGCGCUCGCCAUGGGACCGAGCUGCUCCCUGCGGCUCCUGCUGCUGCUCCUGUGCCAGGGCCCCGGAGCCCUCUCGCUCCUGCGCUACCGCUACGAGUGCCGGGAGCAGCGCAUGCAGCUGGAGGCGCAGCCCGGCCGCGGGCGCAGCGCCCGUUUCAGGGUCCUGGAUGAGUUCGGGAGCCCCUUUGACGUCGCCAACUGCUCCAUCUGCCUCCACUGGCUCCACAGCAGAGCGGACGGUGCCAUCGUCUUCUCCUCUGGCUACGAGGGCUGCCACGUGCUGCUGAAGGAGGACCGCUACGUCCUGCGGGUGCAGCUGGAGGAGACGCUGCCCAACGGGGCCCUGCUCGGCUCCUAUGAGGUGAACAUGACCUGUCCUCGGCCCGCUGACGACGAGCAUCCCGCUGGGGGCCAUGGCAACGGCAUCCGCCGGAGCCAGGCUGGGGUCCCGGUCCCCCUGUCCCAGCCGGGCCUCCUGCACCAAGCAUCCCAAUCCUCCGUGAGCAUCCCGGGAUCCCGGCUCGCAUCCCAAGUGCAUCCGGAGCAGGGUCCCCCCCUGGCACGGGCAGAGCCCCAGGAGCAGCCGGGAAUGGGGCAUCCUGGGGGGCCGAGUCGAGCGGGUCGCCUCCGGCCUGGGCUUCAGAGCCAAACCCAGCCUGGUCUGGUGCAUGCCGGGGCUCCGAAGGAAGCAGGAGCUGGGGUUCAGGGCCAGAACCAGCCUGGAAUGGUGCUUCCCGGGGCUCAGCAUCAACAGGGUCGUCUUCAUCCAGUGAUUCAGACCCACAACCAGCCCGGGCUGAUGCAAUCUAUGGGUCAGAAUCAACCGGGUAUUGUACGUCCUGGGGUCCAGACCCAAACCCAGCCUGGGCUGAUGCAUUCUAUGGGUCAGAAUCAACCAGGUCGUCUUCAUCCAGUGAUUCAGACCCCCAACCAGCCCGGGCUGAUGCAUUCUAUGGGUCAGAAUCAACCGGGUAUUGUACGUCCUGGGGUCCAGACCCAAACCCAGCCCGGGCUGAUGCAUUCUGUGGGUCAGAAUCAACCGGGUCUUGUACGCUCUGUGGUUCAGACCCCUAACCAACCUGGGCUGAUGCAUUCUAUAGGUCAGAAUCAACCGGGUCUUGUACGCUCUGUGGUUCAGACCCCUAACCAACCUGGGCUGAUGCAUUCUAUAGGUCAGAAUCAACCGGGUCUUGUACGCUCUGUGGUUCAGACCCCCAACCAACCUGGGCUGAUGCAUUCUAUGGGUCAGAAUCAACCGGGGCAUCUUCGUCCUGGGGUCCAGACCCAAACGCACCCGGUUCUGGUGCACCAAAGGGCUCAGACUCAAGCAGGAGCCCUUCGUGCAGGGCUUGCACCCCAGAACCAGCCCGGGUUGGUGCACGGCACCGGUGCCUUCAUGCACUCUGGUGCUCAGCCCCACACGGGCUUCGGACGCCCGGGGGCUCAGCCCCCAAACCAGCCGGGUUUAACCCAUGCCAACCCUCAGCCCCACUCCCAAGGGAGCCGUGUCCAUCCCGGGCUCCAGAGCCAAGCCGGGCUGCUCCAUCCCAGCCAUUCCCGACCGGCUCUACCCCAUCCCGGCCUCCAAUCCCGACCGGGUUUGAUCCGCCCUGGUCUCCAUGCUCAGCCCCAGCCGGGUCUGGGGCACCCAGGACUCCAGCCCCAAGCCCAGCCUGGUUUGAUGCGGCCUGGCCUUCAAUCCCAGCCCAGCCUGCUGCAAUCCACAGCCCUCUUCUACCCAUCAGCAGGGGCAGGCACCCCGCUGAGCCGGGAGCAGUGCCAAGUGGCCGUGGGGAGGAUGCCCUGCGUGGCACCGCAGGGCCGGGACGCGUGUCUGCAGGCGGGAUGCUGCUACGACGACAUGGACCGGGCUGCGCCCUGUUACUAUGGCAACACCGCCACGGUGCAGUGCCUGCUGGACGCUCACUUCGUGCUGGUGGUGCCGCGGGGGCUCAGCACCCAGCCCUACAACCUGGACAGCGUGCGCCUGGCCAGCGGCCAGCCCGGCUGCGAGCCCCUCCGCGUCACCGAGGCCUUCGUCAUGUUCCGCUUCGCCGUCACCCAGUGCGGGACCACGGUGCAGGUGAUCGAGGACCGGCUCAUCUAUGAGAACCAGCUCAUCUCCACCAUCGAUGUCCAGGGGUCCCCCCGGGGCUCCAUCACACGGGACAGCAUCUACAUCCUCCAAGCCCGCUGCAUCUACAACGCCAGCGAGCUCCUGCCCCUCCGCAUGGAGGUUGCCAUCCCCACCACCGCGGCCCCCGUGGCCAUGCCGGGGCCGCUGGGGCUCCAGUUGCGCAUCGCCACUGAUGAGAGCUACAGCUCCUACCACCCCGCUGCUGACUUCCCCCUGGUGAAGGUGCUGCGGGACCCCAUCUACGUGGAGGUUCGGCUCCUGCAGAAGACAGACCCCAACUUGGUGCUGGUGCUGCACCACUGCUGGGCAUCCCCCAGCACCGAGCCCGCCGCCGAGCCCCAGUGGCCCAUCCUGGUGGAGGGGUGCCCCUUUGCAGGGGAUAACUACAGGACCCAGCUCGUGCCUGUUGGACCAGCGUCCCCACAGCUCCCCUUCCCCAGCCACUACCAGCGCUUCGUCAUCUCCACCUUCACCUUUGUGGAGCCCCCAUCCAUGGCAGUGCUGGAGGGAGAGGUGUUCAUCUCCUGCAGCGCCUCCGUCUGUCACCUGGCCCAGCCUGAGCCCUGCCGCCCCUCCUGCCACCUCGGGGUGCCCUCACGAGCACGGCGGGCAACGAGAGCCAGAACUGGAGCCAUGGGCACGGUCAGCUCCCAGGGCAGCAUCACCUUCCCCAUGGUGGCCAAGCUGCAAGGAGGGGGCUGA